AUGGAUGCUCCUUUAGCUUCAAUCAUAGCCGACGUAUUCAUGACCAAUCUUGAAACAACAUUGAUGGAUGACUUAAUCAAUGCAGGUGUUUGUGAAUGGCAUCGAUAUGUUGACGAUACCUUCAUUGAAGAUGGUGAUAAAUUGGAAUUCCUUGAUGUUCUUAUUACUCGAUCAACUGGAUAUCAAUUGUUUGAAACAACAAUUUAUCGUAAACCAACUUAUGCCGACUUGUUAACGAAUUAUCACUCUUAUGUUUCAAUGCAAUAUAAGAAUGGUGGUAUAAUUACUAUGGUAAAUCGAGCACUUAUUAUAUGUUCAACUUAUACAUCAUUAGCUGCUGAAUUUAAUGAAAUACGUCGAAUUGGAUUACUGAAUGGUUAUACAUCAUCUUUUAUCGACACUAUCAUUGGCAUUAAACUUAGUCAAUAUCGAAAAAAGAACAAUGAUGUUAUACAAUCACCACAAAGUGGACCUGAUGUUAAAAAACGAAUGUAUGUUGAAAUACCAUUUAUUGAAAAUGCUACCAAAGAAUUUAGAAAUAAAAUAACGCAUUUAUGUAACAAACUUCGACUAGAUCUAGAUAUCCAAUUUUUCAUGAAACCAUCACCAGCUGUUCAAAUGUUAUACCAAACGAAAGAUCCCACUAAUAAGAAAAUGAAAUCUGAUGUCGUUUAUUCAAUAAAAUGUACACAAUGUCAACAUUCAUACAUUGGUAAAACAGAAAGACAAUGUAUAAAACGUUUGCAUGAACAUGGUGCACCUAAGUCAUCAAGUCAACCAGAACAGCAACACCCCAAACAACAGGAUGACAAUUGCACCCAUCAAUCUAAUAACAUCGUAGAAUUAAGAAGAUCAGGUCGCUUAAAAAACAAACCAACAACAACUAUAACAACUCCAUCCGUCAUAAAAGAAAUAACGUUUGCAGUUCAACAACAUCAAAUCGAAACACGUCACCAAAUGAACUGGGAUAACUUUCGUAUUUUCAUGCAAGAUAACCAUUACUAUCGGUUACUCAUCAAAGAAUCAUUACUAAUAAAGGCUUAUGAGCCAGAACUCAAUAGAACAACACACUCUGUACCAUUAAUCGUCUUUUCUGAUGGGCUACAGAAAGAGUUACUACCUAGGCCAUUUGAUAAUGAUUAA